AUGCUCGUCCCGGGGCCCGAGAGACGGUGCCGCCUGCGGGUGCUGGACAUGACGGGUCUCCAGGACGAUGACGCCGACCGCGGCCCGGAGGGGAUGAGCCUGUGGUCCGGCACGGUGGCGUUGGCCAAAGCCUGCAUCGAGGUCUCCAAACACCAAAGCGAGUGCCUGAAACGCGGUUCCAAGCGGCGUAAAGGUCCCUCCGGCACCUCGGCGGCCCCGCAACCCCUCGGCGUGGAGGUCUGCGCCGACCUCUUCGUCAACGGCACGUCUUUCGGCGUCCUGCGGGACGCCCUGCAGACGGGCGCCCCCGCCGCCGGCCCCCUGCGCCUCAAAUGCCGGGAUUUCCACGCUGAGGAGCUCUCCGUCGCCGGCACCGUGAGUUUGCUGGAGUCCCUGGAACCCGCCGGCGUGCGGCGGGUGGAUCUGCGCUUCAACAACCUGGGGCUGGCCGGUCUCUGCGCGGUUUUGCCGCACCUCGCCAGAUUCACCCACCUCCUCAGCCUCAAGCUGCCCUACAGCAACGUCGACGUCGACCUGCGGGCUCCCCUGGAAAGCCUGGAGCUGGCCUUCUGCUACCUCCUUCCCGGCGACCUCGCCUUCCUUUCCCAAAGCCUCCACGCUCCGGCGCUGAGGAAGUUGGACCUGAGCGGCCACGAUUUCUCCGAGAGCCUUUUCCAACCCCUCCGGUGUCUCCUGGAGGAGACCUCGGCCUCCCUCCUCCACCUGGAUCUCAUGGAGUGCCGGCUGACGGACGCCCGGCUGGAGGCUCUGCUGCCGGCGCUCUGCCGCUGCUCCCGCCUCUGUUGCCUGGGACUUUUCGGCAACCCCCUCUCCACGCCGGGGCUCAAGACUUUGUUACGGCAAACCGUCGUCCUCCCGGAUUUACGCCGGCUGGAGGCUCUGCUGCCGGCGCUCUGCCGCUGCUCCCGCCUCUGUUGCCUGGGACUUUUCGGCAACCCCCUCUCCACGCCGGGGCUCAAGACUUUGUUACGGCAAACCGUCGUCCUCCCGGAUUUACGCCUGGUCGUCUACCCUUACCCCGUGGACUGCUACAGCCCGGAGCCGUCCGGGAUCCGUCCGGGAUCCAUCCGGGAUCCGCCUGGGAUCCGUCCUGGGUCUUUUUCUGGAGUCUGA